AUGUGGCAUUCAAAGGAGAGUUUGAAGAAAACUGUGAAGAAAAGGCCAUCCCUUCUUCAUUACUUGCCACAAUUAAUAUGUGUCGGCUCAGCUGUGCAUACUGAGUGUCGCGCCUCAAAACCUGCCGUGACAAUAUGCCAAUUAAUUAUGUUCAACAUGCUUCAAGCCUUACCCAAAGGAAAUAUAAUCAGACAUAAAAAAAAGCUUGAACCACCAUUACCAAUUUAUCUUGGACUCUCGAUAUAUGCACGCAGUCGCAAUAAGCAACAGAUAGAUGAACUUCAUAAUUUGGGAAUUUCUAUAUCUUCUAAUCGAGUCAUGGAGAUCACAGCUCAGUUUUCUCAUGUGGUAGUUGGUAGAGCCGAAGAAGAAGGAGUGGUUUGCCCUUCCUCGUUGAAGAAAGGAUUAUUUACUGUCGCCGCCAUCGAUAAUAUUGACCACAAUCCUUCUAGUACGACCAGCGCAGGCUCAUUCCAUGGUACAGGAAUAUUUGUUUUUCAGUUACCUUUCAAAGAAGAAGAAGCAACUAUCAGAAAUUUUCAAAUCUCAUUUGAAGAUGUAGCGAACAACUUACGUAGUGUGCCUAACUUGCCAGAUUCUUUCGCUGUAGUUCCUGAUUACAUUUUUCACAAUAAGCAACCAGCUCCUUCAUCCUGUUCAGAGGAUAUCGCCCAAAGAAUGAGAGCCUCAGUGAAUGUCAUGAGCAUGUGGCAUCUGGAGAGUGAUUGGCUCAGUCACAUUCAUGUGCAAAUGAACGAACUAUGUGAAAAGAUGCCGCAAAAUAUAUCAUGGUCAUCCUUUCGCUCUAACGAAGUCAAAGACAAUGUUACAAUACUGAAAUCCAUCAGCACAUUGCUGCCGCUGUUCUAUGAGAAAUCUACGUCUCCGGCUAUGAUAAGACAUGGUAUGAAAAUAGUGCAUCGCAUCACAGAGCUUCUUAAUGGACAGAACCAACCAGCAGUUCUAUGUGCAGAUCAGCCAUUAUAUGCAAUAAUUAAAACAAUUCAAUGGAACUGUCCACUAUUAUUUGGAGAGAAUAAAUUUGUUGCAAUGUUUGGGCCAUUACACAUAGAACAAAAUUUUUUAAAGUUAUUAGGCGGAUUGCUGAAUGGCUCAGGAUGGGUUGAGUUACUCUCUAACUCUGGUAUUAUAAGUGCUGGAUCUGCAGAAGCCGUCCUAAAGGUAACCCAUAUCACUAAAGCUCGUUUACAUCAUCAGUAUACAGUGGCUGUCCUUUACUCGCUACUUCAAGAUGCAUAUAGGGAUGACAAUCCAAAUGAAGAACAACCUUUUGAUGAUUGGGUAAACCUGAUAUCACCAAAAUCACCAACAUUUCAAUACUGGUUACUCGUGAUGAACUUACAAAUACUUCUUCUUUCUUUUUUGAGAGCUUUGCGCUUGGGAAAUUUCACAGAGUACACAGAGUCUUUACUGCGGAUGAUUCCUUGGUUUUUUGCUUUUAGUCAUUCAAAUUACGCACGUUGGAUAUCAGUGCACGUUAAAGAUCUCUUGGAACUGGAAACAAAAUUACCCAAUGUCUACUGCGAGUUCAUGCUUGGUAACUUUGUUGUCCAUAAGUCGGGCUGCAUCUUCUCUGCUGUUGGUAUAGAUCAAGCCCACGAACAAAAUAAUGCUUUAAUUAAAGCUGAUGGUGGAGCUGUUGGUCUCCUCCACGAUGCCACUGCUCUUAAACGAUGGAUGAUUGUAGGACCCGAGAUUAGUGGCCUACUUUCUCAAUUCCAAGAAAACAUCGCUGGGGUUGAUAAAAAAGGCACGCAUCAUCAUGAACAAUACUCUGCCUUCCAAAAAUCCUUUUAUGAAAAAUGCCUUGCCCUCAAAGAAAGCUUUAUUCAAGCAGAAAAUCCUUUUAAAAUAAGAAGUGAAGACCUGAUAGCCCUAGAUACUAGAAUGGUGGCUGACGAAGAAGGUGUUGCGGCUCUUCAUGGAGCUGAGACAAUAGGAAAUGACUUAUUUCAUGAAUUUAUUGACAGACUCGUAUUAGCACCAACCUCGUUAUAUUCUCCAAUCAAGAAAAGCAAUGUAAACAUUUUCUGUUUUGAAAAAAAGAAACUGGUGCGAGUGGCACCAAACCAACAGCUUAAAUCUGAUGCUCAACUGUUCUCCCGGCUGUUUAUUGUAAGUUCUUCUCGCCGUUUAGACUUGGAUACAUUUUUUGAACAUGAAAAUCAGUCAUUUCCGCCCGCAAUAUCAGUUUCUGGAGAACUUCGCACUGGAUCCAAGAGUACACUUGUCUCAAUUUUAGAAAACCUUUGCCGGGAAAUUCAACAACCACAGCCAACCAGUUGUGACGCAGUUGUGUACGAUGGCGCAGCUUUAGUACAUUUUCUGAAACCUUCCCCUACAAUCAAACUAUUCUCUGAAUAUCGAGCUCAAGUUAAAUCUCAUAUAGAAGUAUUUUGUAAGAAUCUCAAAGCAGAGCGUGUUGACAUAGCCUGGGAUUUAUAUAGAGAUGAUAGCAUCAAGACCACAGCACGACAGUCGAGAGGUACUGGAGCUCGACGUCAGGACCUGCCCAACAAAGGAGAGCUUCCGAAAAAAUGGGACGAGUACCUUAAAAACUCAUCAAACAAAGUCGAGCUUUUCGAAUACCUAGCAAAAGGAAGUCUCGCAGAAACAGAGGAACUUAAUGUUGUCACUAAUGUUGGAGUCACACUUCGUGCAUCGGUUCCAGCUUCAUCUUCCCUCAACGAAGCUUUGUGCGAUCAAAUUGAAGAAGCUGAUGGACGAGUUAUACUACAUUUGGCUGACAUGGUACAACAUGGGACACAAAAUAUUGUGGUUCGCUGCUCCGAUACUGAUAUCCUUGUACUGGCAGUAUCUUUUUUUUUCUUCAAAUUGCAGUCACAAGGUCUUGAACAGUUGUGGAUUUUAUUUGGAUGUGGUAAAUUAAGGCGCUAUAUACCCGCUAACUCAAUUGCCUUGACACUGGGAGAAAAGAAAGCUACUGCCCUUCGAGGAUUUCAUGCAUUUAGUGGGAGCAUUUGUUCUCCUCCACCAUCUCCAUGUAAUAAUGCUUCAAAGUAUCGUAGUCUUGAUGGCACUUGCAAUAAUUUAGAACAUCCUAAAUGGGGUGCUAGUUAUACAAUAUAUACUCGUCUACUUCCUGCAAACUACGCAGAUGGUAUAAGCGCUCCACCUGUAGCCAAAGAUGGCUCUCCUCUACCACUGGCCAGGCUAGUAUCUUCCACUGUACACCCUACAGCACCUGUAGAAGAUAAGCAACUAACUUUAAACGCAAUGCAAUAUGGACAAAUCCUUACGCAUUAUUUAAAUCUCGUUGCUCAAUUUAACCAUAAAAUUGAGUAG